GAGGAAGCUUUAGAACCCUGCUGUGUUCCCACUUGAAAGCCCUGUCUUCAAGACUGAUCCUGGAGGACAUUACCCACCUUCUUCUGAGAUCCGACGUUGACUCAUUAAAGAUGGCAUGGAAGUGCAGUGUCAUCAUGCAAAUGGGAAGAUUUCUUCUCUUAGUAAUUUUAUUUCUGCCACGUGAGGUGACAAGUUCUGUUUUAACUGUGAAUGGUAAAACUGAGAACUAUAUCCUGGAUACUACACCUGGCUCCCAAGAAUCUCUGAUAUGUGCUGUUCAAAACCACACCAGAGAGGAAGAACUGCUCUGGUACCGAGAAGCAGGGAGAGUGGAUUUGAAAUCUGGAAACAAAAUCAAUUCCAGCUCUGUCUGUGUCUCUUCCAUCAGUGAAAAUGACAACGGAAUCAGCUUUACCUGCAGGCUGGGGAGGGAUCAGUCCGUGUCCAUUUCGGUGGUGCUGAAUGUUACUUUUCCUCCUCUUCUAAGUGGAAAUGACUUCCAAAUGGUUGAGGAAGGCAGUAAUGUGAAGUUGGAUUGCAAUGUGAAAGCCAACCCCCAGGCUCAAAUGAUGUGGUACAAAAACAGUAGUCUCCUGGAUUUAGAGAAAAGCCAUCACCAAAUCCAACAGACGAGUGAGUCUCUUCAGCUGUCAAUCACCAAAGUCAAGAAAUCUGACAAUGGAACCUACAGCUGUAUUGCAAAGUCACCUCUGAAAACGGAGAGCUUGGACUUUCACCUGAUUGUUAAAGAUAAAACCAUUCGUGUACCAGCAGAGCCCAUUAUUGCUGCAUGUGUUGUGGUCUUUCUGACAUUGUGCUUUGGACUGAUUGCUAGAAGAAAGAAAAUAAUGAAGCUCUGCAUGAAGGAUAAAGACCCUCACAGGGAAACAGCUCUAUGAGAAAGAUGAGAUGCAUUGACUGCAGAGAGAGAGUUUUGCAUCAGGACCUCCACAAUUUAUGUAGUCCCAUCUGUAUUUAUUGCUAUUACUCAAUUCACUCCUGUCACUUCUGUUUCAUUAAUCACUUAACAGUAGUUGUUAUGAACAAUUUGAUAUACUUGUGGAACACUUAUAUGGAGAAGAAUGAAAGUAUAAAACUUUAAGAAUGAAAAGCAAGAUUUUGUUAAGUCUUCUCCUUGAAGUAUACAUUAAUUAACUGAGAUUUGUUCUAAAUAGGUUGUUAGUCAUUUAUAGUUUAGUGUGUUUUUUUCUAGGUGGGAGAUACUUUGGUCUCACAAAUCAGUGCAAAACCAAAAAAAAAAAAAAAAAGGGAGGCAACAAACAGGGUAAUCAAUGUUUAAAUUUCUCAGGAAACACAUUAAAAAUAUCAGUUAUGCCAGAUGCCAGGUGUGUUAGCUCCUACAAUCCCAGCGCUUGGGGAGGCUGAGGCAGGCAGAUCACUUGAGGCCAUGAAUUCAAGACCGACCCGGCCAAUAUGGUGAAAACCAUCUCUGCUAAAAAGGCAAACAGCCAGGCGCAGUGGCGUGCACCUGUAAUCCCAGCUUUAGGAGGCUGAGGUAGGAGAAUCACUUGAACCUGAGAGGUGGAGGUUGCAGUGAGCUGCGAUGGCACCACUGCACACCAGCCUGGGUGACAGAGUGAGACGCUGUCUCAAAAAUAGACAAAGAAACAAAAAAAAAACAAUUAUAAUCUACCUUCACUGUUGUUUCAUACAAAAUGUUUUAGGACUAAAGAGAGAAAGGAGUCUAUAAUCUUGAAAUAUAAGAUGCUCCUUUAAAUGGAAUAAAUUUAGUGUUAUGAAGAACUCAGCAUACAUCCUUAUUUUUCUCAUCUCAUUAUAUUGACACGGUCACAAAUUUUGUGUGCUGGAUGUGGCAGUGAAUGUUCAAAGAGCAAUGAACAUGGUCAUUUGUGUUGAGAUACCUGUACUAAUUCUGAGUCAGCCUGUACUGUUCUUAUACAUUCCCAGUUUAAACUGCAGCUGUCUUAUAAUUUAUCAUCGACUUUCCCCACCUCCAUUCUUUCUUCUUUUUUCCCCCAUAAGUUUAUGCUUCUCCUUCCCACACAACUGGGGGAGCUUGUACGGAAAGGUAGCCUUGGCCAGAAUCAUCUUCGAUGUCUCUUCUGUGCUCCUCCUCUCUUAGAAAAACAAAACAAAACUGUUUUCAUCUAAUUUUGAAGUAGCUAAAUGUGCCACAGUGCAAGAGAAAUCUGCUGUCAGACAGGUGGUAAAAAGCCUUCUUGACAUAGAAGCAAAAAGAAGAAAUUAGCAGAAUGUAUGAAAUCUCAGCAGACUUGUUUCUAAAAGGAACAGACAUAAUCCUCCUGUUAGUCUCUCUUUGCUUCCUUGGAAACUUCAGUAUGAAAUCGAUGAGAGAGAGACUGCUACAGACUGUGAAUUACAGAUUUCUCUGUCUUCUUGGAGGAUCCACAGGGUUUUGUGCAGAAGCCUCCGGAUCACAUUCCUCACUCAAGAUUUCUCAAAGUAGAAUCUGGAUACCCUGGGAGAGUGCUACAGGGAUAAAAUUAGAUUAUGAAAAAAAUCUGAAUGUUUAGAUGAUUAAAUAGAAGCCAUGAGACUGUAAAGAAAAAAACAAAUGUGAGGCAAUGGUGGCUGGGAUAGUUUAAACAUGGGAAAGGGAACAGAAAACUUACAAGUCAAAUUGGAACUGGAAUCAGGAGACCAGAGUUCUAGUGUUGGCUCUGUUAACUUGGGCAGGAAAAACUCCCUUGGACCUUUGGGAAAUGAGGUUAGAUUAGGAGAUCCUUAAAGUACAUGUUAGCUUAAAAAGUCUAUAAUUCUCAAAAGAUCCUACAUAAUUUAGUUAAAUGCUGGAAAGAGUUGGCAAGAAACACUGAAAAUGUAAUCCCUUUGCCCCACCUAGUAGAAUUAUGAAUCAGCUUUGUUCUAGGGCAUACAGCAAUCCUUGAGAAUUACGAGUCAUAAGAAAAGAGUUUCC